AGGUUACCGUUACCUGCAUUUUUCUCUGUUUGUUGAGGCCGUUGCUGUUGGAGCAUUUGUAACUUACACAGUGUGCGGUUACUAUACAGGACUUUCUUUUCCAGGGCUUCUUGGUGUAUCUCUCUUUAAUGGUGUUGUUUUUGCCGUUAUUUGUGUUCUUGUGACGAUCUUUGGCCUUUUCCUAUCUGGUUUCACCAUGGGAUUCCUCAUCUGCCUUGCUCUAUUCAUGGCAAUAUCUCCGCUCGUUGAUAUACCUUCAAAAUGGAUCCCAUUUGGGAUCUUACUCGGGCUUGGUUUGGUUUGUGCAUUGCUUAUAUUAAAAUUCCAGAAAAGUUUAGCAAUUGCUUCAACAGCAAUGUUUGGUGGUGUUCUAAUAAGCAUUGCUGUAGAUUUUUACAUUGAAAAGUUCUUGUUGCUCACGUAUGCUUGGAAACGGAUCACUGUAGAAAGUGAAGGGGAAUCUUGCUGGUUUUCUUGGAUUAUCUUGGCUAUUUGGCCAUUGUUUUUUGUCGUUGGUUCUAUCGUACAAUUCAGACUCACCGCAAGAUAUGUCGAUCAUAAAGGAAAAGGUAUAGUCUUCUAUUAUAAAUAUCAUCGUGGAAUAAUUUCAAGACUUGCGCAGUGAUUCCCCAUUAUAGCAGGACUUUAAUACAUUCCAUUCGCGUUCCAAUUUUCAUCUUGAUAGUCUUGUACAGUACAUGUUACUGCGCAUUAUAUUUACACAAUUGUUUUGGUUGGUUGCUGGCCUACAAAUAAUUAUUGAUAUCACAUAAUUAUGACGUCACUAUUGCAGAUGGUAAUAUUUUUAUACAUGUAUAUAUAAGCGCAGCUUUGCAUGCAGAAGCCAGCAAAAGCCAGCUUGCGUACACGACGAUAUUUUUGCAGAUUGUAUAUUGAUAACCUGGAAAGUUCUUUGCAACUGUAGAUGAUGUUAGUAAUAUGUACCUGAUUACUAUGAUCAUACUUUUAGGUCAUAUAUGUGGCGCAAACAUGAAAUAACUUCAGUAUAUCGGAAUCUUUUAUUUGAAGUUAAGUCCUUUCUUCAAAAAACACUAACUGAAGAAUUACUAGAACCAAAAAUAAAUGCUGGAACUUUCCAUGUUUAUCAUGUUGCAUCCUCCUCGCCUUGCCAGCCUCGUGUCUUGUUACCCCUCUUUUAAGAGCCCCCUUGUUAUCAUUUCAGUUCUACACCAGGACGUAUAUCAUUAGAGUACUUUGUCUUUUCUGCCAAAAUAUUGGGUUUGUUAAUCUUCUUUUCAGAUGAUAAAAAAGAACAUUUCUAUGGAAGCGAGAAAGCGAUAAAAAGAUAUCGCAACAUGAACAAAAGUGGAGAUGUUGUCACAACGGUUAGUACUUUAUCACCAAAAAAGUAAAUAAAAUGAAGAGAAUUUACUUCUAUUGGUCUACAUUUUAUUGCUAAAUUAAAGCCGACUUAAUCUUUGCUUCACCGCUCGUCACAAUUGUAUAGUACUGGUGAUAAACGCAUGUUGUGCAAAAGGAACAGUCCUCUGUAACGGAUCUGCUAAACUCAAUGCAAAAUCGUGGCCAGGUUUAAAAAAAAUCUCACGAGGGGCCAUUUGUUUUAUCAUGGGGGCACAAGCUCAGAGCCUCUAAUCAGGUCAAUGGUUGUUAGAAAAACAAAGCGAAGGUGCCAAAAUACGGCAUGUGAAUUGCCAAUUCAAAACCACUACGAGCAUGAGUUGAAGUAUAUAAUGUAUAUUCCUAGCAAUUUUGUCGGAAUCAAUAGAAGUUUGAUUUUUUUGAAAUAAAUAAAAUAAACCACUAGUGGGUUACAUUUUAACCAGGGUCAGCGUUAAUCAACCUUUUAGCUAACCACCAUCCAACAAAUGGUUUCAGGAUGUUAGAAUGCUCUAUAAUUUACCACUGGUACCAGAUGAUAAUAACACCAAAAUUUUUCACUGAUCUUUGAGAUCAGUUACGUCAAUAUAUAUAUAUUUUGACCACGGUUUUGACACUAACUAUAUAACAAAUAUAUAUAUAUAUAUAUAUAUAUAUAUAUAUAUAUAUAUAUAUAUAUAUAUAUAUAUAUAUAUAUAUAUAUAUAUAUAUAUAUUGGAAGUAUUUGACAGUAAUAUCUAUAUAUAUAUAUAUAUUGGAAGUAUUUGACAGUAAUAUCUAUGCAUAUUCCACUUUAUAUUUUUGUUGCUCCCCCCCCUGGGCACCUCUGAGGAAAAGGAAAAUUUUGCCAGGUUGGGUCUGUUACAGGGGUGUCAUCACACAAAAAGAAUGGAUAUAUGUAUCACAAUAUAAUUAAUUUCCGUUCACUGCAACUGGGGUCCGAUUUAUGCACUAUAUGGAGUUCCCCGGGAUUCCUGUCUCUUCCUACGGUAACACUGAAACAAUAAGAGAUGACAUUUGUAAGAGCUCUGAAGACAAACGUUUAGAUAAGCAUUUUGAAACGGUUUUUCGGAAAUUCAAGAACCGUCGGUCUUUACUGUUCUUCCCCGAGGCCGAUGCUGAAUCCCCAAGGUGGAAGAUUUAGGUAGGACUGAUAAUUAUCAGUGAUAAAGUUCUCUAAUAUAGAAAAACUUUAGUUUAGUUUAGUUUAGCAUUUACUAAAAGUGUUCUGAAAUUUGUUGUCUCACUCCAGUCGUGGCUACGAAAUAAAAGAAAAGAACCUGAAGAAGAAAGGCAAGAUCAACUUAUUGAAGAUACCACAAAUGUUUAGUUUGUCAAGCAUUCGAUUAAAAUCUUAUAAAGCCUGCAUGAAAAUUGUCUAAAAAUACACCAUUAGUUUUGUGUCAGUCAUCUGCAAAGAAGAAUUUACUUAGAAUUGGAAAUGCAAUCAGCUAGAAAUUUCUGUUGGUUUGAAGGAACAAUAGGAAUAAUGAACAAGAGGUUUUAACUUGAACAUUUCUUUACAAGACGAUUCUUUGUUGUUUUUAAUGACAAACAUGCAUGUUGAUAAAACCAUGGAUUGUAAAAUAACUGGAUAGGAAACUUCCUGACGUCACAGUCUAAACCUAUUUGCAAUCUGUGACGUCAUGUGUAUUGCCAAAGUUCUCAGCAUUUUUGUUGUUUCGCUGUAUUUUCCGCUUUAAAAGAGUAAUAUUGAAUUCGAAGCAUAAACUGGUCUAAUUGUUUUAAAAACAUGCCUAAGCCACGACAAAGUAUUCAAGGUAAAUAUUUUUCGUCUUUGUUUUGUAUUUUUUAACAUUUGUAGCUACGAAAUUGGCGUCGCCAAUUUUUACGAAAUUUGCGAUGCAUUUUUCACUGUUUAGAGUUUGAAAUAUUUGCUAAAAUUGACCGGGAAUACUGAGAGAUUUCAUUGUAGAAUGGCGCAGUUAUAUUUAUUUGCUCUUUGACUCAAAUGUUUAGCUGUAUUAUCGCUAAACAUGCCGUUUUUGAGAAUUUGGUUAGGUCACGUCAGCUAGUUUCCUAUCCAUGUAUUUUAUUAUCCAUGAUAAAACUAUAUAUAGACCAUUUGUUUAAUUGAUCGAUUGGUACCAUUAAAUUUAAAUCAUUCAGAAUCGUAUCCAUGCAGCACAUAGCCCCCCCCCCCCGUCACAUAGCCCCCCCCGUCAUUCUUGUAAACACAGACAGUAGCAAAACGCAACAUUUUUUCGUAAUGUUGAAUAAAAUAUUCAGACGAAAUUAAAGAAUAAAGUCAACUUAGUCAAGGCUAUGUUCCAUGCAGUAAUUCUGCAAAUGGUCUAUAUUGUAAGUGUAUAUAGAUAUAUACGAAGCAGUUCUAAAUAUUUUCUGGUACAGUUGUAUAAUUCUACUUGAAGUUUCUAAAACAGUGAAAGAGCAUCAGUGCAUGGAACAGUUAAUUAAUUAGUAUCAAGAUCUAAGGACAAUUGUUAAUAUACACUGCGAGGGUUUCUAUAUAUAGUAGAUUUUUAUGUACAGAUAUUAUUCAUAACUUGUACAAGUUGUAAAAUAUUUAUUUAAAAUUAUAAUAAAUAAUAUAGCGUAGAUCAUUA